AUGGAGAUCUCCUUCGAGGCGUGGGAGGGGGUGCAGCGGCACGGCCAGGACAUCGCCGACCGCCUCGCGCAGGGCUUCACGGGCCUGCUGCAGGCGCCGCCGCAGUUCCCGUGGCCGCCCGUCUCGCACAAGCUCAUGCCCUUCGAGAUCGACCUCCCCGUCGUGCCCUUCGGCGCCGCGCGGGGGGCCGCCGCCGCCGGCGGGAAGGACUUCUUCCCCACCGCCGCCGUCGCCUCCGUCAUCGACAUCGGCGGCAGGCUCGGCCAGGCCGGCGUCGAGAUCGGCACGUCCGUCGGCGGGGCCGUGCAGCACGCCGUGCGCCAGCUGCCCGUGCCCUUCCGGGGCGCCCAGAUCCGCCGCCGCAAGCUGCACCCGCCCCCUUCUGCGGACGGGGCCGUCGGCCUCCUCUCCUCGGAGAGGGCCGUCGAUAGAUGCCCUCUCGAGGCGGCCGCCGCCGCUGCGGCCGCGGCCACUGGAAGCGCUGCCGCGUCGACUGUCAGUGGUGUUAGAAGCGGGGACGACCUCGAUGAAGAUGAUGACGGAUAUGGCUGCGAAAUCGGAACCCUCGGAAACUUUAAGAAGUCCAAGGGUACCGUAAAUAUGUCAGCGACAUACAACACCAGGAACAAUGAUAUUGAGAGUUCUGUUGUUGCACGUGGAGACCUGUGGAGGCUAGAGGCAUCACGCAGCGGUUCAACUUCUGGAAACGAUACUUCGCCCCUUUACCUUGUUCAGUUGGGGCCUUUGCUAUUUGUUCGUGACUCAACACUCCUAUUGCCUGUUCAUCUGUCAAAGCAACAUCUGCUGUGGUAUGGCUAUGAUCGCAAGAAUGGAGUGCAUUCCCUCUGCCCAGCUAUUUGGUCGAAACAGAGAAGAUGGCUGAUGAUGUCGAUGAUGUGUCUUAACCCAGUAGCUUGCUCCUUCAUGGAUCUACAGUUCCCUAAUGGGCAAGUAACGUACGUUGCUGGAGAAGGGAUAACAGCGAGUGGUUUUGUUCCGUUGUUUGGUGGGUUGCUUCAAGCUCACGGGAAAUUCCCAGGAGAAACAAGAAUGAGCUUCUCUUGCAAGAACAAGCGAGGCACAAGGUUCACUCCUAUGUUUCAAUGGCCUGACAAAUCUCUUUCACUUGGAGUUACUCAAGCCUUGGCAUAUAAGAGAUCUGGUCUUAUGGUGAGGCCCAGCAUACAAGUCAGUGUAUGCCCUACAUUUGGAGGAAGUGAUCCUGGGGUACGUGCAGAGGUCAUCCAUUCAUUAAAGGAGGAACUAAAUGUGAUGUGUGGUUUAUCCUGCUCAAGAAAUCCAUCAGCUUUUACUGCUCUUUCUAUUGGGCGGUCAAAGUGGAACGGUCAAGUGGGCAGUUCUGGAGUAGUAGUCACGUUGGAAACACCUCUAAAUAACAUUGGAAGGCCAUCUUUAUCUGUGCAAUUAAAUGGCGGUUUCGAGAUUUGA